CCUCUCUAGAAUUCUCUGUCUCUCUCUCUCUCUCUAUCUCUAUCUCUAUCUCUAUCACUUCAGCUAAGAGAUAUGGGAUUAAGGGAAGUAGAGUCCACUUUGCCUCCAGGUUUCAGGUUCCAUCCAAGUGAUGAGGAGCUGAUCUGCCAUUAUCUUCAUAAGAAGGUGGUAAAUGAAAAAGUCUCAGAGGGAACACUUGUGGAGGUUGAUUUGCAUGCACUUGAGCCAUGGGAGCUCCCUGAGAUGGCUAAGCUGAGUCCAAAUGAGUGGUAUUUCUUCAGUUUUCGUGAUCGAAAAUACGCGACGGGAUCAAGAACAAAUAGGGCAACAAGAUCUGGUUACUGGAAGGCUACAGGGAAGGAUCGAACGGUCCACAAUCAUCGUACACAUUCGACGGUCGGGAUGAGAAAGACCUUAGUGUUCUAUCAUGGUAGAGCGCCAAAUGGCUUGAAGACUAAUUGGGUCAUGCAUGAAUUUCGCCUUGAGACUCCCCAUUCUCCACCUAAGGAGGAUUGGGUCCUUUGUAGAGUAUUUCACAAAAGGAAAGUGGAAGGGGUGAAGGAAAGUGCAAUGAAUGGCUACAAUAAUACAACCUCGCCAACUUUGGAGUACUUAUCCCCUACUUUUUCUAGUGACCAACUACCUCUAGGCUCUCAAGAAAUGAAUUGGUGCUCCUUAUCCACUUCUCCAUGCAAGAAAAAUGAUCACGACUCAAACUUUAUACAAAAUUUAAUGGAUUGCAAUGGCAUUGUAAGCUUGGAACAACUAGGUUUUUCCCUAGAGGAGAUGAAUAAUGAUAUAUACUUUUAAUGGUCAUGCAUUUAGAUAAUUUAAUAAAGGGAGUAAGUAAAUUUCAUGUAGGUGGUCAUUAAUGUAGAAAUGUACAUAUCAGUGCAAUUGGAUGUUGUUAUAUACAUAAAUAAUUUGUUGUUUU